AUUAAUGGCUAUGAGUUCUUUUUUGAUCAACUCAAACUAUGUCGACCCCAAGUUCCCUCCAUGCGAGGAAUAUUCACAGAGCGAUUACCUACCCAGCGACCACUCGCCGGGGUACUACGCCGGCGGCCAGAGGCGAGAGAGCAGCUUCCAGCCGGAGGCGGGCUUCGGGCGGCGCGCGGCGUGCACGGUGCAGCGCUACGCGGCCUGCCGGGACCCCGGGCCCCCGCCGCCUCCGCCACCACCCCCGCCGCCCCCGCCACCGCCCGGGCUGUCCCCUCGGGCUCCUGCGCCGCCGCCCUCCGGGGCCCUCCUCCCGGAGCCCGGCCAGCGCUGCGAGGCGGUCAGCAGCAGCCCCCCGCCGCCUCCCUGCGCCCAGAACCCCCUGCACCCCAGCCCGUCCCACUCCGCGUGCAAAGAGCCCGUCGUCUACCCCUGGAUGCGCAAAGUUCACGUGAGCACGGUAAACCCCAAUUAUGCCGGCGGGGAGCCCAAGCGCUCUCGGACAGCCUACACUCGCCAGCAGGUCUUGGAGCUGGAGAAGGAAUUUCACUACAACCGCUACCUGACGCGGCGCCGGAGGGUGGAGAUCGCCCACGCGCUCUGCCUGUCCGAGCGCCAGAUCAAGAUCUGGUUCCAGAACCGGCGCAUGAAGUGGAAAAAAGACCACAAGUUGCCCAACACCAAGAUCCGCUCGGGUGGCACCGCAGGCGCAGCUGGAGGGCCCCCUGGCCGGCCCAACGGAGGCCCCCCCGCGCUCUAG